UGCUUUAAGAGAGCAUCUGGACUUCUGAUAAAAGCUGAUUCUUUUGAAUAAAGCUGCAGCGUCUUUAUUCUGCUCGUUUAAAGCGACCAUGGAGUCGUCUGUGUUGUCUGUACAGACCGCCACAUUUUUCCUCACCCUUUUUUCUCAGUGUGUGAGCGGGAAGGACUGCGUGUGUGAGCUGAACAUUUUGCAGGAACCUUUCCCAAUGGAGAACCUCGACUCCAUCCUCACUGAGGCUUCGCUGUGUAACAGGAGCAUCACAUUAACACAGCUAAUGGAGGUGGAUAUACUGAUGCUGGGUGUGCAGCGGCGGCUGGACCAGCUGGAGAAGAGCGUGUCUGUGUUGGAGAAUGAGGAUGACGGUGAUCUGUAUGGUGCUGUGACACUGCGAAUCAUCGAGCUGGAGCUUGCUGAGAUCCUGGAGCUCGCGGCUAAACUCAAGAAAACCUUCAGCUUACACAAGAAUCUCAGUGAGAGCAUGGCCACCAAGCUACAAAACAUGACCGACUGCAUGCAGGAGCUUGAGGCUUUUGAUCUUUUACAUGAAGUGAACAAACAGAGAGAGAAUCAGCGCAUCAAGAGAGAGUUGUCUGAGUGUCAGCAUGAGCUUCAAGCAACGUCUCUUCCUCCCACUCCUCGUCCACGACGCUGUCCACAAGGACAAUUGGUCAAUGUAACCAGUGCCAAAACUUAUUCCCUUACCCAGUAUGGAACUUCUUACGUUUACGGUGCCUGGGGAAAAGAUCCAAAACCUGCUCCAGGAAAGGAGGACAUGUACUGGCUGGUGGCUUUGACCAGCGCUAACGCUUAUGCUAAUUUUGUGCGGCAUUACAGCAGUUUGAGCACUUUAACAGCAGGUAUACGUCCUGUGGAUGCCACCAUUGCUUCCUCAAACCCCACCACAAACACCAUCAUCGGCCCUAACGUGGUGCAAUACGGAGAUGCACUAUACUACGGCUGCUAUAAUACACCCUCUGUGUGUCGCUUUAACAUCUCCACUCUCUCUGUCACCAAUACACCACUUCCACAAAAUUCUGGCUUCAAUAACAAAUUUCCAUUCGGCCACUUGGAGGUCAUAUACAAGUACACAGACUUGGAUUUUGCCACAGAUGAGUCUGGUGUCUGGGUCGUCUACACAGCACCUGACAACUUUGGCAACGUGAUCCUUAGUGAGAUAAUAGAAGGAAGUCCUCCAUCUCUAGGCCGAACAUGGCGAACAUCACUGCACAAGCGCACCGCCACCAACACCUUCAUGGUAUGCGGAGUGCUUUACGCCACACGCUUCCUGGACAAACAGAUGGAGGAAAUUUUCUACUCAUUCGAUACAGAGACAAGCGAGGAGCGCUACGAUCUGAGGAUCCACAUUAAGAAAAUGCAAACCAAUAUCCAGUCUCUAAAUUACAGCCCACGAGACAGGAUGCUCUACGCCUACAGUGAUGCAUACAUCAUCUCGUAUGAUGCUGUCUUUCAGUAAAAGGUUAUCUUAGCUCCUGUAAAGGUAUUUUGUUAAACAGCUGUGUAAUCAUGUUGUGAAAUCAAUCAAAGAACACAAGAAAAUCUGAAUCUGUAAAAUGUCAUUAUAAUGGAUUAAUGUUUAAUUUAAUUUGCAGUUCAACAUUUAGGUGUAAAUUUGAUAAAUUUAUCACAAUUAUAAACCAUUAUUUUUUGGGUGUUCUGUAAAUGUCUCUUGAUCAAUAAAACAUGACUUUAUGUUGAUAACAAUUCUGUGUACAAGACCCCAAACCUCCAAAAGAUCCAAAACUUCCAAAAAAUAUUUUUAUUCAACUGUGUAUUUUUUCUUCAUUAUUACUUGUGCA